AUGCCACGACCAGCAGAGGUCCUCCCAACCAUCAAUGGAGACGAAGAAAGAGACGAAACAGAUGGCAGAAGAAUAUCAUUGGAUCUAGCUAUGAUCGAUUAUGACUUCCAUCCCUCUCGGACGCCCUCGUGGUCGGUGGCAGACUGGGCCUUACCAGAGGACCAGUCUUUCCCUCGCUUAACAGCGGAUGUUGUGUCGAACACCUCGCGGGGCGCCAAACCCCCAGAAAAUCACCUUGAGCAUAUUGAUAAGCAGUUACAUUUCGUUUCUAGAUUCCAGAAACUCGCGGAACAGAGGCGAAAGGUGCGACGGCUCAGAGUGCGAGCAAGGGACGGUCGAGGCCAAAUACAAGCUACGCGCCAUCGCCUCCAUGGUGCCCUGCAGCGCGUUCUCAAGGCCAUCGAAGCACAUUCCGUUCGUUCUGACAGUGAGAACUCACUCAUGAAAGAUUUGGAGACUGCGGAAAUGGUCUGCGAUGAACUCAACUCCGAGGACAUUGUUCAGGACAUUGUCGAAAGCGAUCUUCUACCAGAAGAAUGGGAGUUAGAAGACUCAGAACGGAGACUGUACGAAGCCGUACUUGGUCCAUCGGCUUCUGACGGAGAUGAUGACCUGGAUAUCGAUCCUGGAACCACGCAUCAACAGGAUCGUCGCCCUGCGAAAGCCAAUGAAAGCGAAACGUAUUUACCGGGACCCGACGAGGCAACUGCAGAAGAACGAUUGUUGGCACUGGUGGAGGAAAGACGACACUUGAAGGAGAGUCUUGAGAAGCAGGAAAAAGAAUACGCAGCGCUACGGAAAGAUCUGGAGAUGAGAGCGGCAGCGGGUGUUCCCAUUGACAUUUUCUCACGUGAUACUCUGGAAGACUUUGGUGAACGUCGUGGUGCAAUGCUGAAACAUAUCGCAAGAUUGAGCACCCAGAUCAGCGAGCUCGAGGCUAUGAGCUCGGAAGCGUCCCGCCAUGAUUCAAGACAAUCAAACGCUCUAUUUGGCCUCCAUCAAUUCCACGACUUGGAAACUGGGAAAUACACACAGGCUCCCGAGAAUGGCGACUGUCAGAUCCUACGGCUCUACGACGAGGACUACAGGGCUCGCAAUGCUGACAUGGAUUCCUUUUUAGGUCAAACUGUCUUGGAACAGCUGGAGCGUGUGGACAGUCUACAGGAGCAAGAAUCUGUUCCUGCCAUCGUCCCUCACUUGGCUGUCAAGUGGGCAGUGGAUGACGAGCUCGUGGACGAUUUGACAAACUAUGUGUCUCACUGGAUCCUCGGAUGUAUACAGGCCUCGUGGUGGUCCUUUGCUCGCUUGGCAGCAUGGGUAGACACUGCUGGGGAAUUUACAAUUCAAAGAACCGCAGAACUGUUGAAGGCGACAUGGUUUGUGGAUGGAGCAGGCCUGUCAUCUCCGUUUGUCUGGAGCGAAGACCCAAGGAGUUCGAUCGUUCCUCAACCUUACAUGGACCUGAUGCUGACUCCGACAUCUGGUACAGUAGGAAUGCGGGAGCCUCUGUGGCAGGUUGAUCGACCCAAACGUCGGCACACCUCAGGCUAUUCCGAUCGGAAGACUCACCAACGAAGAGUGUCGAGCCAUAGUCACCCUGGCACAGGCCGAGUCCAGCAAGACCCUCCGGUACCGAGUGAUAGUGUCUCGUUGGCUUCGUGA